GUAAGCCUUGACUUUGGCUCAACUAUCUGUGUGCAGUAACGGGCUGCACAGAUGGGACUAUGAAUGCGGUUCCUGAUGAGCUCCAACUCUUUGUCUUUGGGAGGAGAAGAGGUCGUGCCCAGAGCCGGAGGAUCUGCCCUGUGUCCCGUGAGACCCUCACACAUCGGUGGGCUUGUGGAGAAUGCUGGCUUGUUUGGCCAGGGGGAAUUUACUGGAUAUUCUUCAGGAGGGCUUCACAGAGGUGGCUCUUUUGGUGACUAGAUACCUUGAACUACAAGGAUGUAAUUUCCAAAUCUGUGCAUUACAACAACAGCUACAGGCAUAUGUGGCCUGGGUGAAUUCCCAGCUGAAGAAGCAGCCAACAAUAAAACCAGUCCAAGACCUGAGACAAGAUCUCCGAGAUGGAGUCAUUCUUGCUUUGCUCAUUGAGAUUGUAGCUGGUGAGAAGUUGAAUGGCAUUCAGGUCAACCCCACCAGCCAGCAGGACAUGAGGGAAAAUGUGGAGAAAGUAUUACAGUUUGUGGCAUCAAAAAAGAUCCGCAUGCAUCAGACAUCAGCAAAAGAUAUUGUUGAUGGGAACUUGAAAUCUAUCAUGAGGUUGAUCCUGGCCUUAGCUGCUCAUUUCAAACCAGGCUCCGGGAGAGCAAUGAAUCAUAGCCCAGCUGGCAUGGCGGGGAAGAGCUUGUCAGCAAUGUCUGCCAGUCACAGGCCUCGCUCAGCUGCUGCAGUGGCCCAAGGGGCAGUGGCUGCUCUGGCAGAUGUUCGUCAAGAUGUCUUGCAAUCCGGACGGGAUGUUUUCCGGCACAGACAGAGAAAUGGCAGCAUGGAUGAGGAGAUUGAAAACCCCUACUGGAGUGUCCGGGCACUGGUGCAGCAGUAUGAAGGGCAACAGAACCUGCCUUUGGAGUCCCACUCUUCCAGUCUUACAUCGCCCAGUCCUAUCCAUAGUGCAAAGAGUGAAUCCACUGUAGCCCCAUCAGAGGAGAAGGAAAGACUUGUGAUCAUCCACACUGAGGAAACAGAAACUAAAACAGAAGAGACAGAAUCUCAUUUCCAGCCUGAGUGGCAAGCAGGGAACCCUGUGUCAUAUUUGGAGAAUUCAUGGGAAGAGCAGCUUUUGGAACAACAAGACCAUUUAGAAAAGGAAAUGGAGGAAGCGAAGAAGAUGAUUUCAGGUCUGCAGGCUUUGUUGCUCAAUGGAUCUUUACCUGAGGAUGAGCAGGAAGGGUCCUUUGAACUUUGUGAACAUGGAGCCUGCCCCGAAGAGCAGCUGAUCAUAAUCCGAAGUCGCCUGGACCAGAGUGUGGAAGAAAAUCAAGACCUAAAGAAGGAGCUAUUGAGAUACAAACAAGAAGCUCGAAACCUACAGGGAAUAAAGGAUGCUUUACAGCAAAGGCUGAUUCAACAGGAUGCUUCAGUUCUUCAGCUAAAGCAGGAACUUCUGAGAGCAAACAUGGACAAGGAGGAAUUGCACAACCAGAAUGUUGACCUUCAGAGGAAGGUUGAAGAGAGAAACCGGCUACUGGCAGAAUACAAAAAAGAACUGGGCCAGAAGCAUCGGCAUUUACAGCAGCAUCAGACCAAGCUGGAUGAAAUGCUUAGGCAGCUUUCUGAGGCCAGCUACCAACAGGUGGAUUUGGAACGGGAGCUGGAGCACAAAGAGGCCCUGUUAGCUCACUGCAUGAAGAGAGAAGCUGAAGAGGUGAUGGCUUACAGUGGUCAUAGUGCUCAGAGCAAUGGCUUCCUCCAGACAGCAGGAAAAGGAGCUGCUCCCACAACCCACCGAGGGACAAAUGACUUGCAGCUGGUUCGUGAUGCCCUUCGCAGCCUCAGGAACAGUUUCAGUGGCCAUGAUCCACAGCACCACACCAUUGACAGCCUGGAGCAGGGCAUCUCCAGCCUAAUGGAACGGCUGUACCACAUGGAAACACAGAAGAGGCAAGAGAGAAGGAUCCGGGGGAAAUCACCAGCAAGCAGAGCAACAAAUGAGUGUAGAGACUCCUGGCCUCCCAAAUCCAAACUGCCUCAUUCUCACAGCACACCCGUGAUGAGCACCAGUGCCUGCACCAAAGUGUUGUACUUCACUGACCGCUCCCUCACACCUUUCAUGGUCAACAUACCAAAGAGGUUAGGGGAAGUGACUCUGAAGGAUUUUAAGGUAGCUAUUGAUCGUGAAGGAACCCACCGGUACCACUUCAAAGCCCUGGAUCCAGAGUUUGGCACAGUCAAGGAGGAGAUAUUCCAUGAUGAUGAUAUCAUUCCUGGUUGGGAGGGGAAAAUUGUGGCCUGGGUGGAAGAAGACCACGGGGAGAAUUAAUCAAGCUUUUAAUUCUUGUUGCCAUGGAAACCUGUAACUGUCUGCUGAGCUCAAAGAAUGACCAAAAAGCAUGUGUGCUGGACAGAGUCCAAUUCAAGCUGCCAAAAAAGAGGGCUUCUCUGCAAACAACGGGUAAUGCAGGUUGUGUGCAUGGACACCUGGCAUCUGACUUUCCACGGCCAUGGUGACUUUCCACAGUGUUCUGAGACUGAAAUGAUAGGUCUGUGGGAAAGAAACACCUUGCUUUGUCCUGUCAACUAAACACUGAAGGCCUUAAUGAUGCAUUGCUCCCUUCCCCUGCUUCUCCAUUCCUGCAAUAUGUGCUGCAGACUGUGAUCUGGGCAUUUCAAAUCUGGUUUCUUGUACACAGCAUUACAUAAUUCUGCACUGAUGGCAAAAAUGAGAAGCUUUGACUUCAUGAGUCAGAAGAAGCUGCUAGAUUAUGUGAGCUGGAGGUUUGACCAACUUUGGUCCUGGACUUUCACAUGCUGCAGGAGCAGAGUGAACUUUCUGAACAUCCCAGACUGACAGUAUAGAAUUCUGACCUGGGGAGGGAAGACAGUCUUUGGAAGGUUUUACGCAUGUCUAAAGCAAAGAUCACCAGCUUGGCAAAGCUCCCUUUCUCAGAAACUCAGGCGUCUGUUUCCUAGCCUUGCUUUUCCCACUUGCUUUCCAAAGCUGUGCUCACUUGGGUUUGCUUUGUUGCCAGAGGAUCUUGGUGGUUACUUAUUUGCUGAAGGAUUUCAUUUGCAGGGGAGCUGGAAUCAGCUGCUUCCCUGAGGUACUUAAAACAUGCACACACGCAUAUAAACACACAUGCAUAUGCACACACCCCCACCCACCCCCGCAAACCCAUCCCCCUUGUUGACUGUCUUUCCCUGUGCUCCUGCCCUGUCCUCUUUCAGCAAGGCAGACAGUUUGUCACCUCCUGUGCACAGGCAUCACUGCGUGCUGCUGUCUACUCACUGCCAGGGUCACCAAACACUUACCCACACCAGUAAGAUAAACCCUAUCAAUUACACCACCACUUCCCUGGUAUGUCUGCUCCUGGGGUGUCUGGAGGAUCAGGAAAUGAAUGACUGCCUGGGAAAGAACGACCCCUAAAAAUCCCUGAGGGUGGGUCUUUCUUUUUGGUUUUGUGGGCUUUCUUGCUUGUUUGUUUCUGCAUUGCCUGUCUCUGUCCUUCUGCUGCCAGACAGCUGUAUUUCCAGAGCGUUGGCCGCAAUGCGCAGCAGACACUGUUAACUUAGAAGGUCAAAUGGCAAGUGAAGACUCUGCUCAUUUUCAGAACACGUGGCCCUUCCAUGGACUACCUGUGUGUCUGUGCUGUGCAUGAGGCUGGGGGAGGGUGAACCCAGUGUUACUGUUUUAUAUUAACGUGUCCUUUUGUAAACACAUUCCUGUUCUUGGAAUUAUUUUGUACGAGUUUACAUUUGUCUGAGGACUGUGGAUAUUUUUAUACUAGUGCAAGUGCUUUCUGUAUAUUUCUGCAUGCAUUAUGCUGUGGUUUACUCAUUUUCUAGUGGAUGCUGAGAUGUUUUGUAUUGUCUCCUGUUAACACAACACUGGGCUCAUAACUUUAUUUUACGAUGGAAAUCCAACUAGUUCCUACUGGGUUUUAUAUUUUUGCCAGCUUUAAUAAGCAGCAACAAUACUAUUUAUUUUCUCACUGCUUCACUGUCCAGGAAGUAGCUGAAUGCUCUUACGUGGCUUUGCGCCACAUUGGUACCACACAACAUGCCUCCUGUUCUGGACAAUUGGUUAUGGUGACUUUCUCCUUACAGACAGCAGUAGGAAAGUUCAUCAAUGAACAACUUCAUCACUGGGCUGCAGAGGUGGAAUACAUCUCUUUUUGGAAAAGAAACAAAGAAUUUUUCAUACUCCCUGGAAAUAGCUUCUCUGUUGCAUGAUCUCUAGUGGUAAAGAGAGCAUGGAGUUGUAUAUUAAUUGCAAUUUUUUCCUCAAGUGUUUCUUUCUUCAGGUUUUACUUAUCAAUUUUAUUUCAGCAAGAGCCACGCACCAAGGCAAGAAUUUUAUGGAGAAAAUUAAGACAAUUUCCAAGGUCUGUAGUGGCCAGUUCCAUGUCCCUCACUGCUACUCAAGGAUGAGCAGUUUGGUUUUGGAGCAGCGAAGACACAGGAGGCUCUUAAUAUGGUCAGAGCUUCUCAUGGAUAAGGCUUUAGUCCAGCCUUGCCCAUAGCUAUCCAGUUUUCCCAUGAAGAAAACAGUUGUUAGCUGAUAUAGGAGACCACCUGUUCUUGUUCUUAGAUCAGUUCAGAUAACUAACCAUGGUCCCAUUUAAUAAGCUUACUGCCACCAGAGAGCCAAAGACUGAACCCUAUUUGGAAACACAUGCUCUCCAGAGAAACAAUGGGCUAUGUUUAAGAAGGAGCAAGACUGGACAAAAGGCUUGCUUUUUGGGCCUGGUACUUGUGUACCUUUCAUCCAUGCUAACAUCAUGAGCUAGAGUUGCUGGAAUAGCUGUCACUGAAGCUGAAGGACUGCUGCUGUGAUAAGCUGUAUCCCAGGCACAGUCUGGGUUCAGCUUUAUUUCUGUAUUGGCACAGCACCCUUCUUCAGACUUUUUAUCUUUUCAUGAUUGACAGAAAGGGGUCUGGAGGAGGUGAGUAAUAUUACACAUGGGAUUAAGAGGUACCAGGUCCAAAAGCUGUUGGCCGGAUGUUGCUAUAACACACUUAAGUGGAUUUAUUCUGGGGCUGCACUCUUAAUAUCAUACCCAGGACUUGUAUUUUUUCAUUGUUUUGAAUCUGUUUAUUUCUGUCCAACUUUCUUCAAAGUUACUUUCCUGUUCCUAUACUUGUAACUCGCUUAUGUAACAUACAUGCUAUGGGUAAAAUUAUAUUUUGAUAGAAACUCUGAUGUUUGCAUUCAUGGCUUAAGGCAGUUGUUCUAAAGCUCAUUCUCUAGGAAAGUAAAGCUUUAUUGAUGCAUCUAAACCAGACAUACCUGACCCCAUCACCUGUGCAUUAGUGGACCAGGCAGUUAUUGCAAUAAAUGGGGGUUUGCAAACUGA